CCAACUCUGUUGCGGUCGCACCCAUAUUCCAGAAGGAAUGUGGAGAGAUGGGAGUUCAUGGCUGAGGUGAAAUUUGGCUCUGAAAUACUCAGUUCGUGCUCUUAACAGUUGCCACCCCCCACAGUCAUAUCCAGCUGUUGUUCCAAGCAUCUGGAAGUCAGCAGACCCUGUUCCUUCCUGGAAUAUGGCAUAGGUUACGGGUUUUUCUGUCCAGCUGGGCUGAGAGAGGCAGCAUUUGGACAAUACUAGCCAGGUUUAACAAGAUGAGAAAUGAAUGAGUUUUGGUUUGCAGCAUCUUUGGGGCUUCCUUAGGAAUGCAGUCAAUCAAUCCAGAAAACUUGGAUUAACUGUAUAUUGCGUGUUUGGACUAGGAAACACUAGUUAUUAGCUUUGGAGCAAACCAGGAUUUAGGCCAGCUUGAAACCAUGAUUUGCUAUCCUGGCUUGUUUUGAAGCUGGUGAUCAUAGUUGCACUGUUCACACAGAAAACCAUGUUCAGUUAGAGGCUUCCUGCUUAAUUGUGACUCAGGCAAACAGAGAAGCGAUGUGAAGGCGUGCAUGGGAGAGAGGGUUCUUUGCAUCUCGGCUCCUUGACCUGAGAAAGGCCCAUCCAGAUCACUGCACAGCUGGCUGGACUUCCCCUUUCCAAGGCCAUGUCUUUAACUUGCCAUGAUUCAGUGCAGAAGUAGCUGUUGCUUCCCCUUGGGGAAAGCAGGUUGCAAAGCGAAAAACCCCAGCAGUGGCAUACCUCCACUUAGCUACAUGAGCAGCAGAAAAAGGAACAGGAAUGGCUACUUCAGAAAUGUCAUCUUGAACAGCACUGAGACCAACAACAGUAGCAUAACUUGUAUGGCCCUUGCGGGUUCCAGGUGUUAAACCAAGUUGCAAAACCAGCUCCAGACCCUGUGGACAUGAACUGUUUGGCACGCCACGAGGGGGCAGCGAGUUCGCAUGCUCAUUGUCUGUCUUUCCCAGCAGGCACCCGAACGGGAUACAGAAUCUGACCGAGGGCUUCCUUCCCGGCUCCCCACUGACCCCGACCAAACCUUUGAAAGAGAGAUGGAGGCAGCCGAAAUUUCCCUCACCUUAGUCGCGUCGUUUCAAGCUAUGGAGAAGAAGGUGGACUCUCACACCACGCGGCUACUGGAUUUAGAGGGGAGGACGGGGACCGCCGAGAAGAAGAUCAUAGACUGUGAAAAAACCACUGUGGAAAUCGGGAACCAGCUGGAGAGCAAGUGGGCCGCCCUGGGCACCCUGGUCCAGGAGUACGGGCUGCUGCAGCGGCGGCUGGAGAACAUGGAGAACCUGCUGAAGAACCGCAACUUCUGGAUCCUCCGGCUGCCCCCGGGCUCCCGGGGGGAAAUCCCCAAGGUGCCAGUGACGUUCGACGACGUGUCGGUCUGUUUCAACGAGAAGGAGUGGGAGAAGCUGGAGGAGUGGCAGAAGGAGCUGUACAAAAACUUGAUGAAGGGGAACCAGGAGUCCUUGAUCUCUCUGGACUAUGCAAUUUCCAAGCCCGGCGUUUUAGCCCAGACGGAGCCAGGCGCCGACUCGUGUCUUGGAGAGGAGCGAGACGCAGAAGAGCCGGGCAGGCCGCCGGAUCCCACAGCAGCAGGCAUCCGGGUGGUGAUCAAGACGGAGGAGCCCCACUCCGACGACUGUCCGGAAGACCUGGAGCAGCACCAGAUGUCCGGGAGCUCCGAGGGGGACUUCCAGGGCCUGGACCAAGAGGCCACCUGCGGAAGCCCGUACAGCGCCGCCACUCCUCUGGGAAACUUUGCAGGGAACAGCCUCGACGAGGCGAACGAGUACACCGUGGGCUUCGGGGAGAUCGAGCGCGUCACCGUCCAGCACGGCAGCUGCACGGAUGACGGAAUUGUGAUCAAAAUGGAAGAGGAGGAGGAGGAAGAGGAGGAGGAGGAGGAAGAGGAGGAGGAGGAGGAAGAGGAGGAGGAGGAGGAAGAGGACCCCGUCAGCCUCGAGCCCCGCGGACUCUUCUCUUCCAGAGCGGAGCCCCCGUGCUCGAUCAACUGCAACGUGGAUGUGAGGCGGGAAGAUAAGCGGGUCGUGAAGCCCCCCCGAGCCACGGUGGGCAUCUGCGCCCCUCUCUGCGAGAGGGACAACGGCGUGGAGCCGCGGCCGGCCACCCUGCAGCAGCGGAACCGGGCGCGCGAGCGGCCGUACAUCUGCCCCGAGUGCGGGAAGAGCUUCAUGCUGCGCAUCAACUACAUCAUCCACCAGAGGAACCACCUCAAGGAGGGGCCCUACGAGUGCCACGCCUGCGACCUCAGCUUCCGCAUCAAGCAGCAGUUCCUGCUGCACCAGCGCCUGCACACCACGCGGCGGGGGGUGGCCCCCCCGCCCCGCCGGGGGCAGGCCUACCCGGACAAACGCAGCCUCAAGCCGCAGCCCCGGCCGCCGCCGGCCCCGGCGCCGCCCGGGAAGCCCUACAAGUGCAGCGAGUGCGAGAGCAGCUUCAGCCACAAGUCCAGCCUGAGCAAGCACCAGAUCACGCACGUGGGGGAGCGGCCGUACUCCUGCGGCGAGUGCCGCAAGAGCUUCCGGCUGCAGAUCUCGCUGGCCAUGCACCAGCGGGCGCACGCCGGCAAGAGCGAGCUCUCCUUCAUCUGCCCGCAGUGCGGCAAGGCCUUCAGCCGCCCCUCGCACCUCCUGCGGCACCAGCGGACUCACACCGGCGAGCGGCCGUACAAGUGCAGCCAGUGCGACAAGACCUUCAGCGAGAAGUCCAAGCUGACCAACCACUACCGCGUCCACACCCGGGAGCGGCCGCACGCCUGCGGCGAGUGCGGCAAGGGCUUCAUCCGCAAGCACCACCUGCUGGAGCACCAGCGCAUCCACACCGGGGAGCGGCCCUACCACUGCGCCGAGUGCGGGAAGAACUUCACCCAGAAGCACCACCUGCUGGAGCACCAGCGGGCGCACACGGGCGAGCGGCCCUACCCCUGCACGGAGUGCGCCAAGUGCUUCCGCUACAAGCAGUCGCUCAAGUACCACUUGCGGACACACGUGGGCGAGUGGCCAAGCCUUGGGCCCAGGGUGCGGCCGACACAGCAGCUCCUUAGCCCCCGCUGGAAAUGCCACGAGCACCCGCGUCGGAGUUCGUGGCACCAGGGCAAGUCACGCCAUGGAUCGCCCUCCGUGUUUGCUGUGCCACAUGGGCUGCGGAGCGGUGGAGCUGGACGCAGUGGUUGGAUCCCGCUGUCGGCGCCCUGCGAAGCCCUGUCCCUCGGGCCUCGCUCAGCCGAGACCGUCUUGGCUCCACGCCUCCCCCCGCUACAGAGCACGGUGGUGGCGGGUGGGUGCGUGCCCUCUCCCUGCCCCAUCUGCCACUCUUCGGAAUGGCGGCCUGGCAGCCCGUUCGUAGAUGGGGGGGGCUCUUCCUCAGCAGCUUCCCCGCGAUGCCGUGCCUCGCCGGCUCUGUGGGAGAGCAGGCAGGACUUGCUUUACCCAGACUGCGCGGGAGAGACGGUGCUGGCAUUCCAGGCCCCCGUGGGUCCGCCAGGCUUCCGACUGGGAUACCUGCGGCUCGGUUCUGCCUCCCCUCGCAGGGCUGGUGGCCCCGUGACGGGCGCGAAAAGCUCGCGCCUCGACCAGGAAGGCCCAGGGCUCAGCGUUCGUUCGGGCGUCCACCUUGUGGGUUCACCAGCAGCGGUCCGACGUGGUUCCCCAUGCAGGAGGUCGGCGAUGAUGAGCAGAGGGUGUGGAACGGCCAGACUGACGGGAUGGGGCCUCUGCCCUGCAGCCACUUGCCCUGGGGCCUGGAGGGGCGUCUGCCAAGGGCUCGCUGCGGACCUGCCGGCCUGGGGCGCCUUUGGUGGCCCCUCGCCAGGCCCGGUGUGCCCUGCGCUGCUCCCGUCCGGCCUGGCCGAACCCAGCGCCCUUCCGCCUCUCAAGGUCUGCUGCCGCCAGCACCGGGCCAGGAGGUUUGGCGGGCUGCAGCGGGGCGGCCACCGGCCGGGAGGGCAGUCGUCCCGCGGGCAGCCAGGCGCUUCGGCACCCGGGGCAGAGGCCGCCGGCGCCCCUCUCCCGCUGGAAAGCAAGCCGGCCCCAGCAGCAAACCAGAGGGCCGACCCUGCCGGCCUCGGUCAGUGUUGCGACAUGGAGCCCCGGCAGCCAGUGCCUUUGCUGCCCGAGCAGAGUUUUGUGCGGGAUGCCAAGCAGAACAUGGCUGAGCUCUCUCUCUGGACCGUGGUGGCAGCGAUCCAAGCCGUGGAGAGAAAGGUGGACUCUCAUGCCACACGGCUGCUUAACCUGGAGCGGAGGAUGAUGACCAAUGAGAAGAAAUACGUGGACUGUGAGAAUGCGGUGGUGGACUUUGGCAAUCAAAUGGAGUGCAAGCUGACUGCGCUGGGCACCCUCAUCCAGGAGUACGGGCUGCUGCAGCGGCGGCUGGAGAACAUGGAGAACCUGCUGAAGAAUCAGAACUUCUGGAUCCUCCGGCUGCCCCCGGGCUCUAAGGGGGAGACUCCCAAGGUGCCCGUGGCUUUUGAGGACAACUCCGUCUACUUCUCCGAGCAGGAGUGGGGGAACCUGGAGGAGUGGCAGAAGGAGCUGUACAAGAACGUGAUGAAGAGCAACUACGAGUCGCUGGUCUCCCUGGACUAUGCAAUUGCUAAACCAGACCUUCUGUCCCGGAUUGAGCAAGGAGAACAUCCCUGUGAAGAGGAGGAGGAGGAAGUUUCCAAGGACCGAGAGAUUUGUUCGGAACCAAGCCCUGAAGUGCUGGUUUUCAGGCCAGGCCUGGCCUCCCAGAUGGAAAGAGGAGAAACCGUGCAGGCUGUGGGGAACCAGGAGGAAGCCGAUGGGCGGGCUGCCCCGAGCGAUCCCAGUUUCGACUAUGGAGUCGCCGAGUCCUCCUUUGGCUCCCAGGCGAAGCGGGACCAGGAGGUGAACCUGGAGGACCCGGAGGGCUCGGCGGAAGGGCAGCUGCGCAUCAAGCCCAGUGCGGCAGGUGAUGGGCUCGCCUUCAAAGCGGAGGUCCUGCAGGCCCAGAGGGCCCUGUGCGAAAGCCUGGGACUGCAGUGCACGGACGAAGCCGCCCUCCACGGGCCCCACGCAGGGGCCGCCCUCGGGAGCCGGUACGGCGCCCUGGUGCCGCAGCGGAGGCACGCGGAGAGCCCGGCGGGAGAGGCCGUGGCGGGAGAGGGUGGCUUGGGCGGCGGCGGCCCCGCGGCAGCCUGCCAGCGCGACCGCCCGGACGAGAAACUGCUCGUGUGCCCCGAGUGCGGGAAGGGCUUCCGGCUGCAGAAGAGCCUCGUGCUGCACCAGCAGGGCCACGCCGCGGCGGGCGGCUUCCGGCCCCAGUGCGAGAAGAGCUUCACCUACAAGCAGCAGUUCACGCUGCACCAGCGCAUCCGCACGGGCGGCGGGGCCUACACGUCCGUGGCCUGCGAGGAGACCUUCAAGCAGAGCCACAACCUCAAGUCGCUCCCGCGCGUGCCGACGGGGGACAAGCCGUACGGCGGCACCAAGUGCGUGAAGACCUUCAACCUCAAGUCCUCCUACCGGCAGCACCCGAAGGGCCACGGCCGGGAGCGGCCCUACGAGUGCAGCCGCUGCCCCGAGAGCUUCUCGCACAAGAAGGGCCUGGUCACCCACCAGCGGCUGCACUCGGGCCGGGGCGGCAGCUCGCUGGCCUGCCUGUACUGCGGCAAGAGCUUCAGCCACCCCUCGGACCUGGUCCGGCACCAGCGCAUCCACACGGGCGAGCGGCCCUACCAGUGCGGGGAGUGCGGGAAGAGCUUCACCCAGAAGCAGCACCUCCUGCAGCACCAGAAGAUCCACCUGCGCGAGCAGAACCGCCUGAUGGGCACGGCGGUGCGGGAGGCCCUGCUGGACGCCAUAUUCAUCUAGCCCCCGCCUGCCGGCUCCCCCCGGGGGGCGGGCGUGGGGCGGGGAAGAUAGACGGUUACCUCAGAAAUGGACCCUCAAGGCAUUGGGGAGCCCCCCCCCCGGCCACGAAGUGGGGGCCCCGUAGACUCUGGUACUUAAUAGCAAUUUGAUUUUUUUUUUUUAAAGGGUGUCUAGCGAUUGUUCGGAGUUGCUAAAACAAUGGAGUGGUAGUAACAAAACACUUCUGGAAUUGUUCUUUUUCUGUCUUGUUUGGAGUGUACGAUGCUGUAGCUGUCCCUUCCCAGUGUAGCCCCGUUACCAGAAUAUUUUCACUUCAGAUGCUCAAGACAGAUGACUGUUGGUCCAGAGAUGGUGCACCCUUUCACCUUUCUGUAAACACAGAUUUGUCAGAACGGAACACUUUUAUAUAUAUUUUCUGGAGAAAAGAUUUUUUUUUUGUUUUGUGGAAACUAAAAAAUAAACUAGAGAUGUGAAAAAAUA